GGAAGCCUGUGAUUGGCUGAGAGCGGAUGUUAUGAAACGUCAUUGGCUGCACAUGCACACGCCUUUCCUCAACAAAGCAGAGCGUGAGCGAAGGCAAGCCCCUUCAUGUUGGUGUGAACAAGCCAAGAGUAAACAUGCUCACUGCACGCGGGACAUGUGCGUCGUUGGCUGUCCAACGCCUGUUAAGAGCAUCUGCCUCCUCCACAUUAACACACCGCUCCCUCCUCCACACGACCACACCAUGUCAGGAUGAUGUCGGGCUCAAUCCAGAAUGGGUGACUCUGGCUAAGAAGCAGCUGAAGGGAAAAAACCCAGAAGACCUGAUCUGGCGCACGCCAGAGGGACUCAACAUAAAACCUGUGUACACAAAAGCAGACUCGGCCAGCAGUCCGGAUGAGUUGCCUGGAGUCUUUCCGUACACUAGAGGGCCCUAUCCUACCAUGUAUACCAACAGGCCAUGGACCAUUCGGCAGUAUGCUGGAUUCAGCACUGUAGAGGAGAGCAAUAAGUUCUACAAGGACAAUAUUAAAGCUGGGCAGCAGGGCCUCUCUGUGGCUUUCGAUCUGCCAACUCACCGUGGCUAUGACUCAGACAACCCCAGAGUGCAUGGUGACGUUGGCAUGGCCGGUGUUGCCAUCGACACAGUCGAGGACAUGAAGAUGCUUUUUGAUGGAAUCCCACUGGAGAAAAUGUCUGUUUCUAUGACAAUGAAUGGUGCAGUCAUUCCUGUGUUGGCCAUGUUCAUUGUGACCGGAGAGGAGCAAGGAGUCUCUAAAGCCAAACUCACCGGAACCAUUCAGAAUGAUAUUUUGAAGGAAUUCAUGGUCAGAAAUACUUAUAUUUUCCCCCCGGAACCCUCAAUGCACGCCAUCGCGGACAUCUUUGCGUAUACCUCACAGCACAUGCCCAAGUUCAACUCCAUAUCCAUCAGUGGCUACCAUCUUCAGGAGGCAGGUGCCGAUGCCAUUCUGGAAGUGGCCUACACCAUCGCGAAUGGCCUGGAAUACUGUCGCACUGGCCUGAAGGCUGGUUUAACCAUCGAUGAGUUUGCACCCAGGCUGUCGUUUUUCUGGGGUAUUGGGAUGAACUUCUACAUGGAAAUAGCCAAGAUGAGGGCGGCGAGAAGAUUAUGGGCGACGCUUAUCAAAGAGAAAUUCCAGCCCAAGAACUCCAAGUCGCUUCUGCUGCGUACACACUGCCAGACUUCUGGAUGGUCUCUGACAGAGCAGGACCCGUACAACAAUGUGGUCCGAACCGUGAUCGAAGCCAUGGCCGCGGUGUUCGGCGGGACGCAGUCGCUUCACACCAAUUCAUUCGACGAGGCUCUGGGUCUGCCCACGGUGAAGAGCGCUCGUAUUGCCAGGAACACGCAGAUCAUUAUCCAGGAGGAGUCAGGCAUCCCCAAAGUCGCAGAUCCUUGGGGGGGUUCUCACAUGAUGGAGUCACUCACAGAUGACGUCUAUAACACAGCCAUGAAGUUCAUUACAGAGAUUGAAGAAAUGGGGGGCAUGGCUCAAGCAGUGGUGGAGGGGAUUCCCAAACUCCGUAUAGAAGAGUGUGCAGCCCGGAGACAAGCCCGCAUUGAUUCAGGAUCUGAGGUCAUCGUCGGUGUCAACAAAUACCGCCUGGAGAAGGAGGAGACGGUUGAGGUGUUGGCCAUAGACAACACCAUUGUGCGGCAGAAACAGAUCGACAAGUUGAUUAAGGUUCGAGCAAGUCGUGACCCUGAGGUAGCAAUGAAGUGCCUUGCAGCGAUUGAGGAGUGCGCCAGAACCAGGGAAGGGAACCUUUUGGCCUUGGCUGUGGAGGCUGCUCGAGCAAGAUGUUCUGUUGGUGAAAUAACCGAUGCCAUGAAGAGAGUGUUUGGGGAGCACAAGGCCAGCACCAGGAUGGUUAGCGGUGCUUACCGCAGUGAGUUUGGAGAGCACGAUGAGAUCACAGUGGCCAAUAACAGAGUAAAUGAGUUUAAAACACAUGAAGGGAGGAACCCUCGACUGCUGGUGGCAAAAAUGGGCCAAGACGGUCAUGACCGAGGUGCCAAGGUGAUAGCCACUGGGUUUGCUGACCUUGGAUUUGAUGUGGACAUCGGACCACUCUUUCAGACUCCUAUUGAGGUCGCACAGCAGGCAGUAGACGCAGACGUCCACUGUGUCGGGGUCAGCACACUCGCCGCUGGACACAAGACUCUGGUCCCUGAACUCAUCAAAGAACUCCGUAAGCUCAACAGGCCCGAUAUCCUGGUCAUCUGCGGAGGCGUCAUCCCGCCACAGGAUUACGAGUUCUUGUACCAGAGCGGGGUGUCAGCCAUCUUCGGCCCUGGUACCAGAAUCCCCCAAGCCGCCGUGGAGGUCAUCGACAACAUCGAGAAGAGCUUGGAAAACAUCCGACAGGCCAUGUGACUCCAGAAAUCAUCAAUCGUUUCCUUCAUCCUGAAUAAAACAAGGCGCCUGUCGUCGCCGCCAAAAGAAAUUUCAAUCAUCAUGUUUUUUGAAUGAAAACUGAGUACAUUUUGUGUCUGGCAAUUUAAGGUAAUGAGAAACUACGCUUCCAAGGAGAGCUCUUCUUGUAAUUAUUGAUGUUGCUGCCGAGGUCAUAACAGAGUUCUGCUCAUUGUUUGUUAAAAGCAGAAACUUCUUGAUGGGUUGUUUCGAUCGUGUUUCAGUGAAUGCUUUUCUAAACAAGUCCCUUGGCGAUGACACAAGUCACGUGGCCUUGCCUACAGCAUCUUGCCAGUUUCUCAAAGACAAAAGCAACAAGUGGGAUGUAGUUUUCUAUGGCAGGCGAAGUCGAAGUGUGAACCGUGAAUAAAAAGUCAACAUUCAGUCUGUUC